CACACACACACAUACUUUCAAAGCCCCUCUCGCACACACAAAGGAAGCGCUCUUCUCAAACCAAGAAUCGGGGAGUUACUUUUCUCUGUCAUCUUUACAUUCUUUGCUCGUUCUGCCGUCAGUUAUAGAUCUUAGGAUUUUGGAUUUCUGUGGAAGUCCUUUUUCCUCAGAUUGAUGCCAUAUGAUGAUCCUUCCACGGUAAACCAUUCUGCAUGGUAAGUUCCUGUUUGCAUACUUUGUCAUCGGUUUUGGAGCCCCGCAACGCUGAGCACAAAAUGUCUUUCCCACGCCUCUUUGUCUAUAUGUAGCUGAGAGUCGACUGGAGAAGAACUCCACAAGAGAACUGAAUGGGUGUAUUCAUAAAACCUUCCUCCCAACGGCACACUGCCUUUUGCACAAAAACAACCAGUGUCUUUAUUUUCUAAAAAUCAACCAAACCCAAAGACCAGACUGAAGGCGACCCCACGUUCUUCUUCUCUCACCCCUACAAAAGCCUGAAUCAGCUUGACCACCUGAAGAGCCUUCACACCCCAGCCUCAACCCUCCAUCAUCCUCUGUCCUCUACACACCACCGUCUACCCUCCGUCCUCCGGCAUCCUCCGUCCUCCACCCUCCAACCCUCCACCCGGAUCCAAGAUGGCGGCGGCGGCACUGGUCACGGAGAACUUCAAGUUCGUCUCGCUCUUCUUCAAGAGCAAGGACGUGAUGAUCUUCAACGGGCUGAUCGCGUUGGGCACCGUGGCCAGCCAAACAGCAUACAACGUGUUCGCCUUCAGCUGCCCCUGCUCCCCUGAGAGGAACCACCGCUACGGGCUGGCCGCCAUCGGAGUUCCCGCCCUGGUCUUCUUCCUCCUGGGGGUCAUGAUGAACCGCAGCACCUGGGACCUGCUGUCGGAAUGCCGCCUCAGGCGCUGCCGAAGGCUGGCCGCGGUGUCCGUGUUCGCCGUGACGGGGAACAUCCUGGGCCGCGCGGCCAUCGCCCCGGUAACCUGGGUGGUGAUCUCGCUGCUGCAGGGGGAGGCGUACCUGUGCGCGCUCAGCGAGUUCGUCGACCCGGACACGCUGGAGGAGUUUCCGAAAGAGGGGCACAACGUCAUCCAGCUGAUGGCCAAGUUCCCUUGCAGAGGAACAGUUCCCAGCGAGCUCCUGCCCUUCUGGGAGGAGAUCGAGCGACGACUGAAGUACGAGUCUCAGCUGCUGGGCUGGCUGAUUGUGGCGGCCAUGGCAGUGGUGGUCUUCCUGAUGCUGUGCGCCAAGCGCUGCUGCUCUCCCUUCGGCUCCCAGCAGGAGGAGUACUGGAGCCGCUUCCACGCCAGCGAGCAGGACCUUUUCAAACGCACGGCGGCCGUGCACGCCAACCUGGUUGCCGCCGAGAACGUCAAGAGCUUCUUCGGCUUCGUGGCGUUGGACGACGAGGAGAAGGCGCAGGUGGAGGAGCACGCCGGAGCCUCCACGCCUGUCCAGAGCGAGGACUGGAACCGCGUGGCGGGGGUCUACCUGUACCGGGAGAACGGCGGGGUGCCGCUGUACAGCCGCUUACACAAGUGGGCUCGGUACCAUGUGGAUAACAACACAGAGGGCAUGGAGAAGCUCAGCUGAUUUAGAUAAAAGCUCACACUCUAUGAUGCGAUCUGACACUUUGUAUGUCCCCCGAUAAGGAGGGGGAGCUGCGAUGGACUGGCGUGCGCACAACCUUCAUACGAGUAGGCUUAGAUUAAAUUUCCACAACCUGGAGUUGUGAUGUAACAAUACAAUGUAAUGUUUCUCAGGUGCAUUUUUUGUAAAAAUGAAAUCAAGGUUAAAAACGAUGCAACCUGUAAACCUCCAUGUUGUGCAUUUUUAUAAAUUCGAUCAGUUAAUUUGGGUUCUGUUGGAGAGGAUGUGAUAUUUCUUGCAUGCUGCAAGGCAACACCCCCUCACACACAGACAGAGAGACAGACAGACAGACACACACGCGUGAUCACUUGUGGUAGCUUUUGUCCUAGGUUGUUGUUUAGUUUUUUACUAAUGCGAAAGUAGUUGGAUUAGGUAAUUUCCAUUUGCUUACAUAAAAAGCUUGCUGCUGGAAAACUUUAACAAAGUCUGACAAAAAUGGGAAAUUAACUUGUAAGAACAUUAGCUCUUCGGUUUCUAAAAGGAGAAACGUUGUUUGACAUGUUUUCAGGAAUUAUAAUGUAACGAACAAAUUCUGCGGUUUAUAUAACCAAUAGGCCUUAUCCUUCCUAUAAGAUAGGCCUACCUUUGUAGGCUAUAUAUUCAGUGUAUCAGUUUUCCAUUUUAGAUUACCUACCUGCAGAGACUACUACUGUUUUACUGUAUGUUGGCCCAACUACUGCAGGAGAAUGAGCCACAGAUUAACCGUUCAUUUUAACUACCAAGCAAUUCUUUGAACUUGUAAUUUAACUUGUGCAUAAUGAACACUAGUAGAGGUUGUGGUGCAGUUCUCAUCCCUGAGACGGUUAAAGCAUGUAAAGGGAAGCGAAAAACAAGAUAUGUAAAGAAACAGCUCCUAUAUCGUACUGAAUCAGCUGCUAUUCAAAUAUUGAAGUGGAUCCUGAUCAGCAUAUAUCUAACAGUGGAUCCUUUCUUGCAAAAACAACCUGUUUUUGAUACUUAUUUUUCCCAUUAUUAGUACCAAUAAGAC